UGAAAAGCUUGUUGUGUCAUAAUGAACCCAACCCUCUGCACGGGUGGAGCCUUUAAUAACACAGAGAAACAAACCCAGAAGUAUUCAGGUGCAGCAACAACAGCAGCAGCAUCGGAUCAGCCUGAGAGGAGGAUCUUACACCAUGAAGACCUUCAUCUGUCUCUGGUUUGUUCUGGUAUUUCUGGAUCUGUCUCUCUGUGGAGAUCCUGUAAAUGUGACGGUAAUACCUGGAGAAGAUGUCACUCUGACAUGUAGAGCUGCAGGAAACGGCAAAGUCUCAGUUCUAAGGCUGACCAGAGACGACCUGCAACCAGACAGUGUGCUGCUCUACAGGGAUGGGCAGAUUGAUGAAGAGCAGCAAAAUCCACUUUACAAGGGCCGAACCAAACUCCCAAGCCUCAUCAGCACCGAUGGAGAAAUUAAUCUGACUUUAAACAGUGUGACAGAGAAGGACAGUGGAGUGUAUGAGUGUCGAGUCAGAACUGAAAUAAAGAGCAACACACGCAGGAAGAGAGCCGCUUUAGAAAGCACCUUCAUCCACCUGAGGGUUGAUCCAGGUCAAGGUCACAUUGGACUGGUAGCUGGACUGGUAGUCGUUCUGGUCGUUGCUCUGGCUGUUCUGAUUGUUGUGACUGCUGCGUUUGUCUGGAAGAAGAGGAGAUCCUUUCAUUCUCUUUCUCUUCAUGAUG